GUGGGCUCCCAAAAGUCCCUGGGACAGUCAUGGAGCACACGCCGCUCUGUGGGGCAGACCUGCUGGGAGUUUCCUGGUGGUCCAAGACUCUUCGUCUCAAGACCAGCUUCUGUGUGUGUCUGUGGGGGACAGAGGGGAGCCGGUCAAAGAAUUCCCUAUCUUAAGCACUGGAACAGCUCUUCACUUGACGGCAUCACACCUGGCUUUCCCUGAUCUCUUUCAACUGCUGCACUUCUACACAGUGAGCAGGGAUGUUUUGCCUGUCUGUUUAUUGGUUCCCUCAUGGGUUUACACCCUUAACAGUCUAUCAGAUCAUCUUGUUCCUCUGCUUGGUCCAAAGACCUGGCUGUGCCCCUCUUCAGAUCCGCUGAUUAGCAGUAUGACUCCAGGAACACAAGAUAUAGCAGAAACGCCAGAAACAAUCAUGUGCACUAUACAGGUUACAGCUGCCAGUGGUGCCAUGUGCUUCAUCAAUCCCUUGUACCUUCAAGAGCAUGGUGAUGAUUGGCUUACUCAUUCUUCAGCCAGCACAGUCAAUCUUCCAAUGAACUUGAGGCGAGACAAGCGGUUAAGUACCACGAGAGCAUGGGCAGGAAGAGGACUCAAACAGAGGUCAUCUACACUAUCUGAUGACAACUCUAGCAGCUUUGACCAUGACCGAGGAUCAUUUGAGAAGAAUCCAGACUCUCCAGCUACCCCAGGUGGAGUUGUGCUUCGAAGGGCGAGUGGCGCCAGCAAGGAAGACCCCCUAAAAAGAGCAAGUGUUGACUCCAUUCAAAGCCCUCUCCCUCAGUCACCACACCGUGUGUCGUGGAUAGAAGACAAGAUAUGGCUGAACUCAUCACUUCCUUCCUCUCUGCUUCAACCGCCCGGCUUAGAGCUGGACUCGCUGUCAAUCAGCAGUAUAGAGGAGGAGUCUGAACCAGCUUUAAGCCCCUCCCCAUCCCUGCCUUCGCCCCGCUUCCAGCUGGCAGAUAAGAUGAAGAACCGCCUCUCUGCCGUGGGUCAGGCUCUAGGUGGACUUGUGUCGCCACAGCGGAGACUGAGUAAACGUGUUCAGGAGAUGGCGGAACGGAAGGGUGGGGCUUUUGCAGAGUCUGUCAGGGGAUUUGUUGUGCAAACUCUUGCAAGCGGGGUCAGUCCUGGAGUGACCUGCACAGAGAUGCUGCAGGAAGUGCGUUCGUCUCUCACUGCUCUGAGGGGAACUCUGUUUGAUUGUCCAGAGAUCCAAAGCAUCACAGACAGCGUCGGAGACACUCCGGAUUUUGAGCUGGGUACGGUCUUCGGGGCAGAUGACUUCCUGCCAUGCCUGACAUGGGUGUUGCUGCGUAGUGAUGUAGCUACACUUCAGGUUGACACUGACUAUAUGAUGGAGCUGCUAGACCCCAUGCAACUACAAGGAGAGGGUGGGUACUACCUUACGUCUCUCUACGCUGCCCUUUUUUACAUCAGCAGCUUCCGGCCUCGUCUAGCGAAGCGGCAACUUAGCGCAGAAGCACACAGAUCUCUCAACCAAUGGCACCGCAGACGCACACUGCACUGCAACCAAUCACGCCGCAGCAGAAAUCGAAGGACCAUCAGGAGACACGGGCCAGCAGAUGGAAGCCGUAAAACAUCAGACGAACGGAACUCUUUGAAUGCGAGCACAGAGUCCAGCGGUCUGACUGACGUCAUGCCAGCCUCCUCUGACAUGCAAGAAACUCUCCAGGGUUUGGAUGAAGAGUUAGAGGCGGUAAAGGAAGAAGAGGAGGGACGACAAAUACAGUCUAAAGAGACAUUGCACCUCACCAGUUCUAAAACAGAAGAUAACGUGGGAGGUGAUGGAGUAAGCUGGAAAGAAGAUAACUAAAAUGAGGAAUGAGGAAAUGGUUAACUUUGAACUUAAUAGAGAUGCUUGUGAAGGCGAAGCCUGUUACUCAAAUUUAAAUUUCACCUCAAAUCAUGCAACUUAAUAAGAAUUCAUGCUGUCAUUACUCUAAGCAAUCAGAUUUUCACUUGUUAGAUGAUAAAAUGAGUGGGGGAAAAAACACCCUGGCAACCAUCCACAAUACCCUAACAUCAUGGUUGUGGCUGUUGCAUUAGCACUCACAUUUUCUUCAGAAUUAUCUAAAUUAAAAAUAUCGUAUUUUUAUCAUAUCAUUUUCAAAUACAUGCUGUACUUUGCUUGACAUGGGCCAGUAUGCAGCACCUCUAGCAACCACUGUAGCAGGGUUAUGCAAAAUUAAAUUAAGAAUGCCUUUUGAGUGAAUAUGAAUUGAAUUUAAACUGCUGUAAGUAGUUUCUAAAAAUAGGUUUAAUUUUUCACCAUGAAUUACUCAUGCACUUGUUAUCACACAACACAUUUUCUAUAUACAGAAUAUUGCUUUAUAUUUAAUAAAUUAACUUU